AUGCCAAGCUCAUGCACUGAUAUCCGCGAGGCACUGGCCCAGUGCCUGCAGGAGUCGGACUGUAUUAUGGUCCAGCGUCAUACGCCGCGCGAAUGUCUCUCUUCGCCGCUAGCGGAAGAGUUACCCACGAAGUGCCAGCAAUUGGCGAAGGGAUUCAGCGAGUGCAAGCGCGGUAUGGUCGAUAUGCGUAAGCGAUUCCGCGGUAAUCGUCCCAUUGCGGUCGCGAAGGAGAUGGAUGCCGAGAAGUCAUAUUCAGGCGGGCAGCUUUACGCUGGUAAACCGGCCUACCAAUCUGUCAAGGAAAUCAGUGGUGACGAGGUGCAAAUGGACCCUGAGAAGACUCGUGGUCUGUAA